AUGGAAUCUCAGGACGGAAUAUCCGUCCGGCCUAUGAGGCUGAAGGUGCUCUACACAUUUGACGAUGAGAGUAAAACGAAUUGCCUGGCCCGGUGGCCUCACUUACUCGACAUCCAGACUGCAUCCCUGGAUGAGCAAACUCAGAUUGGUGUCAUCGAGCUGAAAACGUGCAUUCAAGCCAUUGUGUCUGCGAGUCCCGAACUGGUGGCCAAGCUGGGACAAGACUACACAGUAUAUGCCUAUGACUAUUCCGAAUAUGAGACGCCGUUAGUCGGUCAGGGGAUGCUCUCGUGGGUCCUCGCUUCGGCCUCUCCGACUCCCAACGCACCAGCACAUCAAUCAAAGACUAUGGUAACGGGUCGUGUGUGCAAAAAUGUGCUCGGUCUCUUUUCAAAAGGUGCACAAGAAACAUUGGAGGUCAAACUGCGAUUGGUGCCAGUACCUACUGUUAUGCAGAGUGAAUACCUCGAAAGCAUGCAGAAAUAUCGGGAGUUGAGCAACAUCAUUCCUCAUGAGUUUGACGCACAAUCAUGGACUGUCUUCCUUCGUCAGAACCCCGGGCUGCUCGGUCCCUCCAACACACAGCCCCUUGACCGCACAACAUCACCCAUGGAUCACGCUGGAAUUGAACGGUUUCACCGGUUACUUAGCGAAGGGUCGACUCCAAGGGAAUUGUCUUCGAUUGCUCCAAACGGAAAUUUUCGGUCUAUAUCACCUGCGCAGUCCGCGCUUGCCGCUCCGAGCAGGGUGUCCACACCUGGCCAACUUCAGCAACUUCAUGAGCAACUUCAAAUACAGCAGGCACCUCAGCAGCUGCUGCAGCAUGAAAGGUCGCACGGGGAAAUUCGCCCUUCCUCUAGUGCUUCCAUGCGCGAUUCUGAGCUGCCUUUGCAUGUGCACUAUGCCAGCCGCCGGGAUUCGGUACAGUCAGGCUAUGGAAGCUGUGAUGAAUCUGCCGACCAACAGCCACGAAAGCGAGCCAAGCUGUAUCGAGCGGAUUGGCCAGGUAGAUCUGACUUCAACAUUGAGAGACAGCCAAGCUCUUUGCGUGUCGCAGCCAGUACAGCUGCCUCUGUUCGGAUUCACCGUCCUACCCCUGUCAAUCCCGCUAUUACUGCUGCCCAGAAUUCGAACGAGGAGCCUGUCCGGCCGCCAACACCUAUCUCUGGAUCGAACGAUCUCCCACGCAGAGGGCGACCUGCCCCCAGCCUCCUACGCGAAUCGUCUGUUCAGAGUAACUAUACUUCACCAUACCCCAUGAGUGAUGAUCCAGGUGAUCACAACUCUCACUCGCCGGAGGAGCCGCGCUACCAGGGUCUGUUCGAACCAUCAAUCAGUAUGCCUUCUUCGCCUCCGGUCUUGGAUUGCGGGUUUCCCAAUCCAUCUAGUCCCGUCCUUCCACCUAUGGUAACCGAUCCCGACUCGGGUUUCAUGAGCGGUGGCCUGGAUGAUCUCUUGGAUGAUGAUAUGGGUACUCCUUUGGAGGAUUGUGCAAAGUCGAUCUCGAAUGACGCACCAAAGCGCAGAUGCGCAACGGACGCUGCAGCACAGGCCAGCUCUCCUAUCAAUCCUUCUGCAGUACCAGAGAAUCAGAUUGAGAACGCUCCUCCUGCUCCUGCCCCAACCCGCGGUCCUGCCAGUGCGGCCGGCUCGAGGCCACCCUCGCGGGCGAGUUUCAGACAGGCCCCCAAGCCUUUGGCUCCUGCCCCCAUCUCACAAAGUGAAUUGGAGCAACUCAUGAAUGCGAUCCCCGCAAGUGACCCCGUCGUCCCGACACAUGUUCCUGCUCAAUAUGCCCAUUCCUGGACAGGCCCCAUGAGCGACCUCCCCAGCGCUGAGACGCCUACGCCGAAGCCUGUGACCGAGGAUGGCAAAGUCCGGAGUGGGGCGGGGGCAAGAAGGCUCAGGCAGGUCCAGGCACGUCUGGAUAAGUGUAUACGAGACGGUCAGGUCCCUCCUUACUGCGAGAACUGUGGGGCCAUUGAAACUCCCACUUGGCGCAGGGCCUGGUCAAAGGAGUUUGUUGGAGGGGAAUCCGAUGCCAAUGAGCUGAUGAAGGAUCCCACCAUGCUAUUCUGGCAGGUUGUGGAAAGGAAUGACAAGGAUGAGGUCACAAAGUUCAAAAUGUUCAAGAAAUCCUUGGUUGACGCCGACAAUGACUUUGUCCAGAUCCUUCUCUGUAACCCCUGCGGUCUUUGGCUGCAUAAAUUCAAGUGUAUGCGCCCUGAGAACAGAUGGAAUAAGCCGGCCAGCGGGAAGAAGAAGCGGAUGCCCCGGAACCGUAAGGGAGGAGGCCCGCUCUCGGACAAUGGUACCUUGGCGAAAAUACACCCCAAGCCCCAGUCGUCAAAGCCGGCUGGGUCCUCCCCUGGUGCGUCUGAUGCCUCGUCGCCUGCUGAAGAGGAAACCCCGCGCGCAGAUAAUGGCAACGAGAAUGGAAACGAUCGAGACAAUGACGACGAUGUUCAAGAAGUGCCGUCCCAGCGGCGUCGUGCCAAUAGCGCUGAGCCACGGCGGUCGUCGGACACCGCAGAAAAGCGUUGGCAGCAGCAAGAUGCAACGGAGGCGCUGCGGCGGGCUAUCCAGUCCAGCCCAGCCCGAAACCUUGAGAAACGCCCUGGUCCGGCGGUUGAUGAGAACAGCCUUACACCUAAGCCAGUGAGAAGAGCGCUCUUUCAUAGUGCUCAGAACGAAGGUUGUCCUCUCAAGCCCUUGGGCGGUUCAGCCCUGAACAGUCCACGCCGUAGCCCUCGCGUUAACUGUCGCGAUCCAGGUCAAAAGCCUCAAGACAAGGAAAACGCGGCGAUUGACAAAGACAUAGAAGGGUUAUUCAAGAGUCCGCCUUUUGAAUAUGAUCUGCCCGCCAGCCCUACCCCCAGAAGACGAAACCAGCGCAGCAACCUGCUGGGAGAGAAGCGCAAUUCGUUGCCGUGUAUCUCACCUUUGUCCAAAGCGCGCCUGGAGGGAAGCUCAGACAUGACGCCUACCAAGCUCAGCGCGCAGAAACUUCACCGUAUACAGGGCAGUACGACUGCGACGCCCCGUCAAAAUAGAACGCCGAAGUCUCUGCGAUCUUUAGGACCAGAUCUGCCUUCCAUGCCCGACGGUGAAUUUAAUGUGGAAGCUUUGGACAAUAUUGACAGUAUGCUUGUUGAUAUAUUUGAGGACGUGCCGUCUUCUGCACAGUGUGACUCCUUCUUUUCUUUUGGGCAACCCAAGGACUCGACGAGCGGCAACUGGUCUGGAUGGAUUGAAUCCGAUUAUAUUUCAUUGAACGGAUCCGACGACCAGGAGGCAAACGGCGAGCAGCGGACGGGUAGGCGCAGCGGCGCGAGUGAGGACGAAGAUCUCAUCCACGCCAUUCUAUCCGACCCGGACAUCCAAAAGAAUGCGCAUUUCGAUCCAUUCCAGUUUACUGGUGCAGGCGCCUUGGAGUCUGGCAUUUUUGGCUCAGAUUCAGUCCCCACCGAUGUCAUCGCUCUCGGCUCCAGAACCAAAAACGCCGAGGAGCCCGCGAGCAAGGAGUCGGCUUGA